AACUAAAUAAAAUGGCGGGGGUUUUGUGCGUCAUAUUGUUUUAAUUUUAUACAACUAUUUUUUAAACAAAAAUACUCCAUUAUUGAUUAAAAUCAAUUUCAUAACUGAAACUUAUUAUCAUUUGUUGAUGUAAUUUUCGAUCGUCAUAUGAAUGAACAUGAUUGAUUCUCAUGUGUCAUUCAACUUUUAUCUGACAAUUACUCUAUAGAUAUUUAUGACUUAUCAACAUAUACACAUUUAUGUAAAAAAAUGGUGAUCAAAUCUUUUUUAUGGCAACACGUUUAUAGUUACAGUACCUGUCCAAAAGUUACUCCAAUCCAGAAAACGAUAAGAAUCGUAAGAAAUAAAAUGAAGACUGCCAACAGUUUUUCAAUAAAUGUAAGAAAUAAUACUAUGAAGCAACUUAUUGUUGAUCGUUUCUCAUGGUUACAAGAAAAAGCUCCAGGAUUUUUAAUCGAUUCAUCAAAAGUUCAAAUAAUUCAUGAACCAACAGAUUUCUAUUCAAUAUUGCUGGAGAAAGCUAAAAAUGUACGACAGAGAAUAAUUUUAGGCUCAUUGUAUAUAGGAACAGGAGAAUUGGAAAAAAAUUUAAUUAAAGCAAUAGAACAGUCAUUGGUAAACAGCAAUGGUAAAGUCAAAGUAAAUAUUCUUUUAGACUACAUGCGAGGUACACGUGGACAAACUAAUUCUGUGAAAAUGCUAGAACCAUUAUUAAAGAAUAAAUAUGUUGAUAGUUGUUCCAUAUCGUUGUAUCAUACUCCAAAGUUGAAAGGACUACUAAAACUGAUACUUCCAAAUCGAUUCAAUGAAUUAAUUGGAUUACAACAUAUGAAAAUUUACAUUUUUGAUGAUUCUGUCAUUAUUAGUGGGGCAAAUUUGAGUAAUGAUUACUUCGUCAACCGACAAGAUCGCUAUUUUCUUAUCGAAGACUGUAAAGAACUCAGCGAUUUUUAUUAUAAACUAAUAAGCCUCGUUGCAAAAUUUAGUUUUCAACUCUUACCUGACAAUAAACUAGUAGCACCAAUUUUAUUUAACAGUACAACAAAAUCAAAUGACCAAAAUACUCUAAAGACUACUGUAGUACAAAACACGACUUUUAUUGAAUUAGCAAGAAAUGAAUUAACAACUUUCUAUACCAAUGAAAUUAAAAAAUCACACGAUAGUCAACACAAACUUCUAAAUGGAUACAAUAAUAAAUCAUUAGAUACAUGGAUCUUCCCAUUAAUUCAAAUGGGUCAACUAGAAAUUUUUUAUGAAUGUCAAAUUACGCAAAAGCUACUUAAAACUGCACCUGAAAAAUCUAUUUUACAAUUCGCUACUGGAUAUUUUAAUUUAACAAAAGAAUACUCUAAUGCUUUAUUGAAUGAUUGCAAAGCAUCUUGCAAUCUCCUUACAGCUCAUCCCACAGCAAAUGGAUUUUAUGGUGCAAAAGGAAUUGCUGGUCAAAUUCCAGCAGCAUAUACAAUAAUUGAAAAAUCAUUUUUUGAUUCUUGCGAACGAAUGAACUUAAACAAUAGAAUCAAACUUGAAGAAUAUAUUCGUCCUGGAUGGACAUAUCAUGCCAAAGGUCUCUGGUAUACUCUACCUAAUGAACAGAAGCCAUCUCUCACCUUAAUUGGUUCUUCUAAUUUUGGUUACAGGUCAGUUCAUCGAGAUUUAGAAACUCAACUUGUUUUAAUAACGAGGAAUGCAAAACUCCAAAAUUGUUUACAAGAAGAAUACGAUCGUUUACGAAAGUAUGCUCAACCGGUGAAAAGAGAAUCAUUUUCUCAGUAUGAGAAGUCGAUACCAAACUGGGUAUAUGCAGCAGUAUUUUUAUUCCGAUAUUAUUUUUAACAUUAUUCUAAGUUAUUAAUAAAUUAUAAAUAAAUCUGU